CAUAUCGUGUACUUCCCCACCGUUGCCCUGGCAACUACUAUAACACAGUCGAAUGGCAACUACUUACACAUAAUGCAGUUUAAUACAGGCAAACGCUACAUAUAAUAGCUAUACAGAUACUUGUGCAUGCUUAUUAUACUGGAGCGCAAGCCCGAAUAUGGUUAAGCAAACUAUACAAAUCUUUGCCCGCGUCAGACCGACAAAGAAAGUCACCUCGGUGUACUCGGUCGAUGAUGAGGAGGAGAAGGUGGGCUCCAGCCUGGAGUUUGUCGUUCCCCGGGACCUGGCCGACGGCUUCAUCAACAACAAGAAGGAGAGCUACGUAUUCAGGUUCCAGAAGGUGUUUGAUCAAGAGGCCAAGCAGGAAGAGGUCUUUGAGCACAUCGCCAAGCCAGUGGCCGACAAUGUUCUGGGCGGGUACAAUGGGACCAUCUUUGCGUACGGACAGACCGGCAGCGGGAAGACCUUCACCAUCACGGGGGGAGCCGAACGCUACAGCGACCGGGGAAUCAUCCCACGCACGCUCUCCUACCUGUACCAGCACUUCAGCCAGGACAGCAGUAAGCAGUACAGUGCCCACAUCUCCUACCUGGAGAUCUACAACGAGUUCGGCUACGAUCUACUGGAUCCCCGCCACGAGGCGUCUCGUCUGGAGGAUCUACCGAAAGUGUCCAUCAUGGAGGACGAAGAUCAAAAUAUCCACCUGAAGAACCUGUCAAUCCAGCAGUCGGCCAAUGAGGAGGAGGCCCUGAACUUGCUGUUCCUGGGGGACACCAAUCGGAUGAUCGCUGAGACCCCUAUGAACCAGGCCUCCACGCGCUCACACUGCAUCUUCACGGUGCACGUGUGCAGCAGGGAGCCCGGCUCCUCCACGCUGAGACGCUCCAAACUGCACCUGGUGGACCUGGCAGGGUCUGAGCGCGUGGGGAAGACCGGUGUGGGGGGCCAGCUCCUCACCGAGGCCAAGUACAUCAACCUGUCCCUGCACUACCUGGAGCAGGUGAUCAUCGCUCUGUCGGAGAAGAACCGCUCACACAUUCCGUACCGGAACUCCAUGAUGACCUCGGUCCUACGGGACAGCCUGGGCGGGAACUGCAUGACCACCAUGAUCGCCACCGUGUCCGUGGACAAGAGGAACGUCGACGAGUCCAUCUCUACCUGCCGAUUCGCCCAGCGGGUGGCGCUCAUCAAGAACGAGGCGCGGCUGAACGAGGAGCAGGACCCCGCUCUGGUGAUCUUACGUCUGAAGAAGGAGGUCCAGUCUCUGAAAGAGGAGCUGGCCUUGGUGACGGGAGAGCCGAGAGAAGAUGAGCUGACCGAGGAGGAAAUGCAAAAACUGGGGGAGCAGCUGAAGAAGUUUCUGGAAGAUCGUGAUCCUGACUGCACUCUGGACCUGGGGCCUGAUAUGAGAAAGAUCCAGCACUGCUUCACUCUGCUCAAAGUGAUGGUGCGGGAGCGGUUCACGGGCGUGGCUCGGGGAGGGGAGCCGGCGGGGACUCCAGACCUCUCCUCCUUCUCCAGCACGCGGGGGAGCCCGGAGCCCGAGGAGCGGAGCCAGGAGGAGGUGAAGAGGCUGAAGGACAUGCUCCAGCAGCGGGACAAUGAGAUCAGCGUGCUGGUGAGCAUGCUGAAGAAGGAGAAGAAGAAGGUUCAGGACUCCGCCUCCCAGCUGGCCUGCGUCAUGAGCGGCCUCCCGCUGUCCCAGAAUGCACUGCAGCUGCCCGAGGCCGCCGCGAACCAGGACACCCCCGACGACGGCUCCGCCCGCUACGCACCGCACAGGAGGAGAAGACUGGAGCUGUCGGUGGGACGGCAGGAGGCAUUCGAGAUUUUCAUGAAGGACCACGAGGACAGCCUGGUGAUCGAGGACAACAAGGCCAUCCUCAAGCUGAGGUUUGCUGAAGCGAAGGCACUUGGGGAGCAGGUGAACGAGGCCAGAGGCCAGAAUGAGCUGAAGAGGCAGUUGGAGCAGAGGAGGAUGCAGACUGCAGCUCAGGGGGUGACUGAGGGUACUGCAGAGGCAAUGGAGCCGGACCCUGUGGACGAGAGACUGUGUGGACAGAUCGAGCAGGAGAAGACCGGGUAUAAGAGCACCUUCGGUCGGCUGAAGGCCCUGAAGACGGAGAUAGAGCACUUGCAGCUGCUGCUGGAGAGGUCAAAGGUCAAAGUGCAGAGGGACUUCCAAGAGUGGUGGGCGGGGGAGUCGGCCAGGCUGCAGGAAGAGAGGUCAGAGGUCACAGCUGCAGGUCAGAGUUCAGCGUGCCCAAAUCAGCAGCCGGAACCGUCGGCCGCCGCACAUGACAGGGGGUCUGCGCAGAAGCAUCACACGGGGGUCGGAGCUUCGCCAACCAAAGAGCCGGGGUCCCGAACCCGGCCGAGGAGCAGGGACCCGCCCCAGCAGGACUCCCCGAGAGCCCUGGUCCCUGCUGGUUCCUCCUGUCCCAUCCCUCUCACUGGAGACCUGCAGACUGAUGCAGACAUACUGGCCUUCGUUAGAGCCAGACACAACCUGCUCAACAGAACUGUCGGACACUGUGACACGCUGGACAUGGUGACACAUCUCCUCCUGACGUCCGUAGAGACGGUGGUCCCACCUCGCCCGCCGUUUCCUCUAUCGGCGUCACCCCCCCCCCGUCCCACACUCUGA